GUCCUGCCGAAGGCAGCAUGGGGAGUGUGAGCAGCCUCAUUUCAGGCCAGAAUCUCCAACAGAAACACUGCAAAGCCUUGGAGUACGGGAACAUCAAGGCUUCCCACCUGCACAAGCUCCUCAGGCAACAGGACGGCCUGCUGAGAUUUGACACCAGCCACCAAGCAACCAACAAAGGCCCCAAAACAAACUCCGAGUGCGAGAAAACCGAGGACUUUUUCUACGUCAGUAUCAGCCAGACCAAUGGGCUGACCAACAUGGGCAAGCUGAAGAACUGCGCUGUCAAAGUGGAGCCUCAGAAAGACGGACCUAUCAGCCUGGAUGUGCAAGAACCUCCACGCAGACUGGUACCAUUCUCUGGCCAGCCUGACAAGAGCACGGAAAAGAACAUUGUCAGGCCAACAGCGUUGAAGGGGAUGGCACCAAGGAACGGCAACGCCAAUCUGAACUGUUUCUCAGGAAAGCUGACAAACCGAAACCUAGCAUUUCAGGGCAAUCUAUCGAAGGCAGCUACGCAUUCGGAGACGCGCGAAGCUCACGAGCUGAAAAGCACAAACCAUUCAGGAACCCUGUCAGACUCGGGUCGAAAUUCCAUGUCUAGCCUGCCCACUCCAAGCACGGGAUAUAGCUGUGGCACGGAGCCAGUUGGGGCAGCAAACCUUCUCAGCAGGUUUGGCGGCUCAGCUCAUCACAUCGGUCAGGGAGCGGGCUCUCUGGACAGCAUCUUGAGGACUGGAACUUGCAGCGCGUCCGCCUCCGAGAGUGGGCACGGGCAGGCUAGCCACAGCACAAACUUUCACCAGCCCUGGAAAGCUGCUGCGUUGGAGGGACUCCCACCAGCUCAGGAUGUGAAGGAGACGGCCAUCCUCAGCAAGAAAGAGAGCAAGCGGGAGAUGGCCAGCGUGACGCAGUGUGACACCAAAACAAACCAAGUCCAUCAGAAAGCACCAAGAAACCAACACCAGCUCGUCCUGCUUCAGCUCAGCCAACUCAAACAAGACAAGGCCAAGCUUCAGGAAGACUUCACACAACUCCUGCAGGAGCGUGACAACCUCAACGCCAAAUGUAAAGCCUACCAAAGGGAACAAACUGAGCUUGCUCCAAAGCUGGAAGAAACAAAGUGGGAGGUUUGCCAGAAGUCAGGGGAGAUCUCGCUGCUGAAACAGCAGCUGAAAGACUCACAGGCUGAGCUGAUGCAGAAGAGCAGCGAGCUCUUGUCACUGAAGAGCCAGCUGAGGGAAGCCAAAGGGAAGCUGUCUGCCCGGGAACAGGCGGUCGAGGAGCUGCAAAACUCCCUGCAAGCCAGGGAAAGAGAUCUCGAAGUGUGUGAAAACGAGCGGCAGCGCGUGAAGAAUGCAGCCGACCUGCUGAGGGAAAAGGUGGGCCUGCUGGAUGGCCAGAUACUGCAUCUGAAGCACCAGCUAGCCAGCCGCAAAGAGCUGGACAUUCGCGCUGCGCAGGCCGAUCCCUCAGCCUCCCAAAGUGGCUGCAGGGAGUUGCUCCCACGCCAGCCUGACCAAGACCCCGUGGCUCGGCGAGGGGAGCUGGCAAGCUUACGAUCCCAGCUGCAACAGGAGAAGCAAACCAACUGGGAGCUCUCCAGCAACAUUCGCCAGGAGCGGCUCAUGUGGCAACUGGAGAAGCAGCGAGUGAUCGAAUACCAGAAACAGCUCCAGCAGAGCUACACUGAGGUGCUGCACCAGAACCAGAGCCUGCAGAAAGUUAUUCAGCAACUUUCCACUCAGCUGGAGGCCAGGGAUCCUGGGGGUGGGGACAGGCAGAGUGCCAAUAUUCACUACCAGGAGAUUGUCGCCACUGCCUUAUAACAAGUGCAAGAAACUGUUCUGCUUGAUUCAGUUUCAAUCACUGAGUGGAUCUGAGGGUUUUUCCAGCACAUGAUCAGAAAUUUCCAGAUGACUUGACUUCAAGUUGAGAUGACUGAGGAAUGACUGCCUCACACUGUACCCUCUCAAUGUUUACAAGACACGUGUCAUCGUGAAGGUGGAAGACUGAGGGCGCUGUGACAUUACACUCGCCUGUUCACAGCGAGCUCUCGAUGCUCGAGUCACUGGCCAUUACUGGUGGGCUGCUGGAGUACAGCACAUGCCCUGAAGGUGACGUGACAACGGGUCACUGAAAGAAUGGGGAGGAGAGAAAAGGCUCACCAAAACAACACAGCCUUUGAGAACAAAUGACCAACAAUUUCAAACAGCAGGUCAACAGCAAGUGAUGGAAAUAUUGGAAGUUGAGGGUCAGAAAUAAAACGUAACAGGCCUCAA